CUAUGGCUGCCCUCGCCCGGAAUCCGCAGUUCCAGAAGCUGCAGCAAUGGCACCGCGAGCAUGGUUCCGAGCUCAACCUGCGCCGUCUUUUCGACUCUGACAAGGAACGCUUCAAUCGUUUCAGCUUGACCCUUAACACCAACCAUGGGCAGAUUCUACUGGAUUACUCCAAGAACCUUGUGACAGAAGAAGUGAUGCACAUGCUGGUGGACCUGGCCAAGUCCAGGGGUGUGGAGGCUGCCCGGGAUCGCAUGUUCAAUGGUGAGAAGAUCAACUUCACUGAGGACAGAGCAGUACUGCACGUGGCCCUGCGGAACCGGUCCAACACACCCAUUCUGGUGGACGGCAAGGAUGUGAUGAUAGAGGUCAACAGGGUACUGAACAAGAUGAAGUCUUUCUGCGAGCGUGUCCGCAGUGGUGACUGGAAGGGCUACACAGGCAAGCCCAUUACAGAUGUCAUCAACAUCGGUAUCGGUGGCUCUGACCUGGGACCCCUCAUGGUGACUGAAGCCCUUAAGUCGUACUCUUCACAUGGUCCUCGCGUCUGGUUUGUUUCCAACAUUGAUGGGACCCACAUUACCAAAACCCUUGCCUCCCUGAACCCAGAGUCCUCCCUGUUCAUCAUUGCUUCAAAGACCUUUACCACUCAGGAGACCAUCACAAAUGCAGAGACAGCAAAGGAAUGGUUCCUCAUGUCGGCAAAGGAUCCUUCUGCGGUUGCGAAGCACUUUGUCGCCCUGUCUACCAACACGACCAAAGUGAAGGAGUUUGGAAUUGACCCUCAAAACAUGUUUGAGUUCUGGGAUUGGGUUGGAGGAAGGUACUCACUGUGGUCAGCCAUCGGACUUUCCAUUGCCCUGCACGUGGGUUUUGAAAACUUUGAGCAGCUGCUUGCGGGGGCUCACUGGAUGGACCAGCACUUCCGUACCACGCCCCUGGAGAAGAACGCCCCAGUCCUGCUGGCUCUUCUGGGUGUCUGGUACAUCAACUGCUUUGGCUGUGAAACACAGGCCAUGCUGCCCUAUGACCAGUACCUGCACCGUUUUGCUGCCUACUUCCAACAGGGUGACAUGGAGUCCAAUGGGAAGUAUAUCACCAAGGCCGGCACCCGUGUGGAAUACCAGACAGGCCCCAUCUUGUGGGGAGAGCCAGGGACCAAUGGCCAGCAUGCCUUCUACCAGCUUAUCCAUCAAGGUACCAAGAUAAUACCUUGUGACUUCCUCAUCCCAGUCCAGACUCAGCACCCUAUACGGAAGGGACUGCAUCACAAGAUCCUUCUGGCCAACUUCUUAGCCCAGACUGAAGCCCUGAUGAAGGGGAAAACAACAGAAGAGGCCCGGAAGGAGCUCCAGGCCACGGGGAAGAGUCCAGAGGACUUAGAGAAGCUAUUGCCGCACAAGGUCUUUGAAGGAAAUCGCCCAACCAAUUCCAUUGUGUUCACCAAGCUCACACCGUUCAUCCUUGGAUCGCUGAUCGCCAUGUAUGAGCACAAGAUCUUUGUUCAGGGCGUCAUCUGGGACAUCAACAGCUUUGACCAGUGGGGAGUGGAGCUGGGUAAGCAGCUGGCUAAGAAGAUAGAACCUGAGCUGGAAGGCAACACCCCGGUGACCUCUCAUGACUCUUCCACCAAUGGGCUCAUCAACUUCAUCAAGCAACAACAGCAAGUGUGA